AAAAACUGGGAAAUUAGCCUAAACUUUAUCCAAUCUUGAUUUUCUCGUUGAACUAAAAUUUCAGUCGAGUAGAUUUUCAAGUCGAAUCCAACCAUGAAGGUGGCUCUUAUCUUCGCAGCGGUGUUCCUCCAGGGCGCCAUGUGUCAAGUCGUUCCGGAAACGAAGACUUAUGGAACGUACAGCAUGACUCAUCCAGCCACGUCGGCGGGAGUUUAUUCCAGCGGAACUACCAACACGUAUAAUGGUGGCAGCACGAUCUACUACCCACAAGGCGCCACCAUCACCUACCCGUCCGCUUGCACGGUCUACUACCCAACCACGACCACGUGCAGCAGCAAUGGUGGAUCAACCUGGACCACGUACAACGCUGGAACUUAUGUCAACUACCCUGCCAACUAUCAAGUCCAGUACAAGGCUGGCAGCACGUGUUUCUACCCCAGAACCACUUCUUGCACUUAUGGAAACUAUAACGGCGCUACGAGCACUGCUAUCAGGUAUCCCGCCUCCACCCCGGUGUCAUGCUACUCUCCCACUCAACCGACCUAUUACGCCCCGGGAACUUACAAUAGUGGAACGACUUACUACAACUAUGGCAGCACAGGAGGAACCUCAUACGUCAACAAUAGCGAUGGAACUAGAUCCGCUGUCACCUGUGUUGGAUACACGACCUCCAACUACCCAAUUUCUUACGUCCAAAACCAAAAUACUGGUGCCACAACCUGCGUGACACAGACCGGUUCCAGCAGCUACAUUACGUACAAUACUGCCACCAGCUCUACCUCAAGUGGAAGCACCAUGUACGGAUAGACUCGAAUUUUUUCUGGUCCAAAAUUUGCAAAAUAUUUUGCAAUCUACAUAUCUACUAUUUUGCAACAUUUAUUUUGCAAUCUUUACUAAUUUGAAUAAAACAAUUGGCAAUUAAUAUAAUAA